AUGGAGGAGUAUUUAAGCUUGACAUCAGAAAAUACAUACUUACAGGAUGAAAAGUCUAAGUUGUCCUUCGAGAAUGGAAACUUAAAAAUAGAGGCAGAUAAGCUAAAUUCUUCUGAAGAGCUUAUCAAAAUACUGAAUGAAAGGCAAUUUGCCUGUAUACCAUCUGAUGAGUUAUCGCAGUUGCGCAAUCCCUCUCUAGAGAUGUUAAAAGAAGCAUUACACUCCCAAGGAUUUCACUCAUUAAACAAGGAUGAAUUCGAAAAGUACCAGAAUUUGAUCAGUGAUCAACCUAAUAUCACACAAGUGGAAAAAUUGGUUCAAAAAUGUAACCAAACUAUGAUCCCCACUCACGAACUCGCGGAUCUUAGGGACAAGGUGCAAAACCCAUCCUUAGACUUCUUGAAGGAAAAUGCCGCUCUACAGUCACACCUGUUGAUUCCAAAUGAUGAAUACAACAAGCUGAAAGAGCAAGUCCACAACCCUACUGUGGAUUAUCUCGUCGAAAAGUCAAAACAAUAUAAUAGAGAAUUGGUAGAAACGGACGAGCUCAACGAGCUAAAACGACUGGUUGCAGACCCACCACUUGAAACCAUUACAUCAAAGAUUCAAUCAAUGAAUCAGAAAAUGAUCCCCGAAGAAGAGUAUACCAGACUUUCAAAUCUCGAAACUAACCCACCUCUUACCUUCCUAACAGAAAAGGCAACGACAUUUAAUAAACUACUGGUUGAUGAAGUUGAAUACAAAAACGUCUCAUCCUGUUACGAAAACCCUCCAUUGGAAUAUUUGACGCAAAAGGUCGACAAUAUGGGGAAAGUCAUCGUGGAUCGCAAAAGAUACGAUGAACUGGUAUCUGUCGAAGAGAAACCAUCGUUCGAGUUUUUGAAGGCGAGAGCAGCGGAUUACAACAAUGUACUUGUUUCACAACCUACUUACCAAGAGUUACUGGAUACCAAAGAGAAUCCAAGCAAAGAUUUUUUGGAGAAGGCUGCGCACAAACUAGAAAUGUCUCUACUGGAAUCACAUGAGCUCAAUACGUUGCUUGAUAUCAAGGACCAUCCAUCUUUGGAUUUCCUCAACAAACAUGCUGCAGAAUGUAAGAAGAUGUUAAUAGAUCAAGAAGAGUAUAAUACUACGAUGACCUCCUUGGAACAUCCAAGCCUCAGAUACUUGAAAGAAAAGGCCAAGUUGCUGAACAUGGAUAUUUUGGAUUGUGACAUGCAUAAGAUACUCCAAGAUAUCAAAGAGAAACCCACAUUAGAGUUUUUGACACAGAAGGCCAAUGACCUCGACUAUACUGUUGUCGAUCAUGUUACCUAUAAAGAGUUACUUACCGUGAGGAAUCAUCCUUCAUUAGACUUCCUGAUGACAAACGCUGGCUCAUUUGGUAGGGUGCUGGUUGAUAGGACUGUGCUUGAGGAAUUGCAAGAGACCAAGAAUCAUCCUUCCGUCGAAUUCUUAAAGAACAUGGCAACUGCUAAUGACUACACACUAUUACCUAAUACUGAGUUCAAAACCCUCAAGGAUAUCAAAGAACACCCCACGGAAACGUUCUUGGAUGAACAUGCCGCUGAGUUCACAAAAACUUGUGGUUUUGCUGAAUACGCAACCCUGCUGGACAUCCAGAACCACCCCACUAUUCAAUUUUUAAACCGGCAUGUUGCAGCUUUUGAUAAACUCAUAGUAGAUCGUCAAGAACAUGAGGAGAUGCUCUCUUGUUUAUCAAGCCCAACUGUAGAGUACCUAGUAGAAAAGUUACAAGGAAUGGGCAAGGUUGCCGUUGAUAUGACUGCAUACGAACAUCUAAAGGAUAUGCAACAGCAUCCAAGUAUGGAAUAUCUAUCUGAGAAGGCUAAGGAUUAUGAGUGCAUUGUAAUCAAGAAAAAUGACUAUGAGCAUUUGGAGACUAUUAGCCACAAUCCAACAGAAAAAUAUUUGGCUGGUAAGGCAUCCGCCCUGAAUUUGACUUUGAUCACUAACGAUGAAUAUGAAACUUUGAACAACAUCAAAAAUGAUCCCGAAUUGGAGUUUUUGAAGGAACACGCGGAGAAGUUCAACAAGACGAUUAUCGAUGUGGAUGAAUUAACAAGACUCUCAGACUCAUUAAGGUCACCAACUAUCGAGUACCUUACCCAACACGCGCUUGAUAGGAAUUUGACAUUGGUAUCUACACGUGAAUAUGAAGAUUUGAAAACACAGAUAGCCAAUCCAACUGAUGAAUACUUACUGUCUAAUGCGAAUAAGAACGAUAAGACACUUAUUUCAAAUGACAAAUUCAAUGAAUUGAACGAAAAUCUGUCCAAUCCUUCCAUCGACUUCUUAAUCACGAAACUAAAUACGUUAGAGUACAAGGCAAUCACAAACGACGAGUACAAUAGCAUGAUAUGCUACAGAGACGCCCCAAGUUUAUUAUUUUUAGAAGAAAGUGCUGCCAAACUGAAUAAAACGGUAAUCGACAACAAUGCUCACGCGAAUCUGAUCAAUGUAUCAGAACGUCCCGAUCUUGAAUUUCUUGAAGAAAAAGCCAAGCUUUUCAACAAAACAGUCAUAGAUACAAGCGACUACCGCUACUAUACUGACACAAUUGAAGCUCCAACAUUGGAAUUCUUGGAAGAGAAGGCAACGAAUUUCGACAAGAUAUUAGCCGACAAGAAGCAUUACGAUAACCUGACGGAGCUUGAGAAAGCACCAAGCCUAGAAUUCUUGGAAGAAAAUGCCAGUACUCAUGGAAAAAUUCUUGUCAAUAAAACUGAUCACGAAAAGCUUCUAUAUCAAAACACAAAUCCUACACUUGAAUUUUUAAGGGAAAAAGCAAAACAAAAAGAUAUGGUUAUUGUAAAUGGGGCCGAAUAUAAUACAUGCCUUGACACAGUGAAUCAUCCAAGUGAAAAACACCUCACUUUGAAAGCAACUGAAUGUGGCAAAAAACUAAUUGAUGUUUCGGAAUAUGAAAAUCUGGUAAGCCAUAUAGAAUCACCUCCUCUUGAGUUCCUAGAAGCAAAAUCUGCUGGUUUUAAUAAACUAUUGAUCGACACUUUCGAAUAUAACCAGCUAGUAGAAACAUCAAACAACCCAAGUACACAAUUUCUAGAGGAAAAAGCUAAAAUCUUGAGCAAAUAUCUCGUGGACUGUUCCGAAUAUCAGAAACUAAAAGAAGUAUCGGAAAACCCAUCUGUUCAUUUUCUACAAUCAGCAGCGAAGAAAAUAUCCAUGACUGUACUUGACAACGCUGAGUAUGACAGGUUUAAGUUGCUAUCUGACAACCCCAGUUUAGAGUUUUUAGAAGAACAAGCGACAGCAAAAAACAAGGUGCUGGUUGAUACAGAACCUUACAACAAGCUUAUCCAACAAUCUAAUAGUCCUUCUAUCGAAUAUUUGAAGCAAAAAGCAGAGGAAUUGAACCACACACUAAUUGAAAGGGAAGCAUACAAUUUGUUACUCCAAAACACGAAUACACCGGAUAUCAAGUUUUUAUCAGAAAAGGCAACCGAGUUAAAUCAUAUUGUGAUUGAUCGAAACCAAUAUAAUAACUUGAUAAAUACUACGACAUCUCCAAACCUCGCAUUUUUGCGAAAGAAAGCUUUGUCUAUUGAUCAUAUGGUUGUCCCUAAAUCUGAAAUUGACCAAAUGAUUAAGGUGUCCAGUACUGAAUCUAUCGAUUAUUUAGAGGAUAAAGCUGAACUACUGAACUGUAUUGUUUUACUAAAAGACCAAUACAAAGAGUUGUUGAGCUCCCGUCACUCACCUACACUACAAUUUUUAAAGGACAAAGCUGCGGCGAAAAAUUACUCUGUUAUUCCUAGAGAGGAGCAUGCUGAUUUGGUUAGAACAAAAAUGUCUCCAGACUUAUUUUUCUUGCGCGAGAAAGCUUCUGUCCUAAAUAGCAUCGUGGUUUCGAACGACGAAUACCACAAGCUUAUCAAGGAAAGCAUUCCGCCUAACGUUGAUGACUUGCGUAACAUAUCAAAAAACCUAGGCCAGGUCGUUAUCUCCCAAGAAAUAUACGAUGAUCUGAUUAAAUUGAAUGAUUCACCCGACUUCGAGUUUUUGAAUGAGAACGCUUUGAAAUUAGGCUAUAUUAUGGCUCUUCGGGAAGAUUAUGAGCGUUUGGUAAAAAACAGUGAAGAUCCAUCUUUCGAAGUUUUGGAGACAAAUGUCAAAAAAUUGGGAUUUUUGGUGAUCGAAAAGAAGAAAUACGAAAAUCUAACUAAUCUAGAACAAUCGCCAAGUACCGAGUUUUUAAGAUGCAAAUCCGAGGAGAAAGGCUUGAUUCUGAUCGGUAACGAAGAGUACCGUGAAUUGCAGGAUCUUAUUAGUUCACCUACUCUGGAUGUUUUACGAGAAAAGGCUGGAUCGAUGAAUCACUGUGUUAUUGAGAAGGGUGAGUUUGAAGAGCUUGUUCACACCAGAGACGCCCCUUCGCUUGAAUUUUUACAAGAGAAAUCCAGAGAAGCUGAUAAGGUUAUAAUAGCGAAAACUACUUACGAUGAACUAUUGAACAACAGUGAAACCCCAUCGUUGGACUUUUUGGUGGAGAAAGCUAAAGCGAAGCUGCAUACUGUAAUAUCCAAUGAUGAAUAUCAAGAAUUGCUUAACAACAGAGAUAACCCAUCUGAAGAGGAUUUGAUUAAAAAGGCCAAUAACUUGAAUUUUGCUUUUAUUCCCCAAUCAACAUAUGAUGAACUUGUGGCUACAGUUGAACAUCCCACUGUUGAGUUUUUACGUGAGGAGCUUGACAAGUUUGAGAUGAUUGCGGUAUCGAUAGACGAAUUGAAGAGACUUAGUGACCUGGAGGUUUCACCCUCCCUUGAAUUUAUAAGAGAGGCCGCCGAGAAAUUGGACAGUGUAGUACUAACGACAGACGAAUAUGAAUGCUUACAAAGACUGAAAGAAAGUCCAGGUUUGGAUUUCUUGGAAGAGAAGGCGAAGGUUUUGAAUUAUACCUUGGUUUCCUCCAAUGAAUUUGAACGUUUGAGCAAAAUUUCAGAAUCUCCUGACUUUGAGUUUAUAACCGAACAAGCGAGGAGCCAUGGUUGUGUUUUGGUCAAGGAAUCAGAAUAUAAAAGAUUAACAACGAUGGAGAGUAAUCCAAACAUCAACUUUUUAGAGGAAAAUGCACAGAAACAGGGACAUCUCAUGCUAAAAAAGGAGAUAUACCAUUCACUAUUAAAACAGAUCGAAAAUCCAGAGACGUCAUACUUGAAGGAGAAAGCAGUUCACUUGGGAUAUAUCAUAGUUAGCAAGGAUGAAUAUGAUAACCUAGUAAAAAUUAGCUCGACCCCGGACUUGCCCUUUUUGAAGGAGCACUGUCAUUUGUUGGGACAAAAAGUCGUUUCUGAAAAAGAGUUUGAAGAUUUAGAAAAUAAUGUUUCAGCACCUUCCAAAAAGUAUUUGGAUGAGAAGGCUGAGGAAAUCAGCAAACUUCUUGUUGACAAAUCUUUAUACGAUGAAUUGAACUGUAAAUUGGAAAACUAUUCGCAAAAACAAAAAGAGUUGAGUAAGUCUGAGAUUAAAAGUACUACUAAGACGCAAACUAGGAGUGAACGUAAGGAGCAUGAACUUUCAGCAUCGAGAGUGCCAAGUCCUGGAUACGUGAAAGCUAAAUCUACUACGCAACCAGGAUACAUUUCAAUCAAAAAAGAUGAGUACAUUAAGUUGCACUCUCGUCAAGUAUUGACCAGGGCUCAAUUGCAGUCCAAAUGUUCUGACUUGGGGAUGGUUCUGCUUCCAAGGGUGGAGUUCCAAAAGUUGAAAAUGCAAGUUCAGAAAUCUGAGAGUAGUACUUGUACAAAGGAUGACGUGUCAGUGUCUGACCUUAUUAUACAUGCGAAGAAACUGUACGUGCCACUAGUUCCAAAGGUGGCUUUCCAAUCAUCCUCGAAAAUUAUCACUACAGAAACGCACGGGAUUGUGAUUGUUACCAAACCAUACUACGAGAGUCUUAUGACCAAACUUGCUACAAAAAUGGUAAGUGUAUCGGACAAUGAACUACUAAGAGAGGUCAGAAAGCGUGGUUUGUCGCAUACUGUCUCCACGACGUCGACACCCAAGAAGGCGAAGCUCUUAUCCAAUAAGAGCAGCUUUAUUCACGAACCCACAAACGAGUACAAUGGUAAGCCCGAUUACAAAGUGGCCACCCCCAGGACGACCACACCCAGAGCAGACUAUGCAUCGCCUCUGUCAACGAAAGCAUCUCAAAGCCACAUGCCGACGUCGUUGAGGGAGACACCAAUACAAUCUAGAACGAACCGGACUGCCCUGAGCAGUGUCCCAGCUAGCCCUCCAUUAACUCCACAGUUUUCGAGACAGGGAAGGUCAGCAGUGAAACAGAGUUCCAAAGCCAGCAGCAGUCGGUCAUUCACCCAUCCCGUAGACCACCCUGCUCUGUCGCAUCUGGACAGUUUGGGCUUAUCUGCCGUUGACAACCCGGAAAUGAUACAUGCGCUGACACACACUGUCAUUGGACAGUACCUGUUUAAACACUACCAGAUGUUUGGGGCGAUCAACGCGAGGGACUCGUACCACAACCGGUACUUCUGGAUCCAUCCAUACAGCAUGACGUUGUACUGGUCUGAGAGGAACCCGAAGGAGGAUUUUACGUACCGGAUCAAAAGUAAAGGUAUCCCUAUAGUGGGCGUGAGGAGUUUUGUCGACGACAGAAUGGAGGGGAAGGGUCUCUACUUCAAGAGUCUCAUGGUAAUCUCUGAGAGCAAGUUCGUACGGUUUACGUGCCCCGACAAGGAGACGCACGAUCUGUGGUUUAAUGCCCUGAGUUAUCUACUGGAGAGGAACGUGACGUCGCUGAACGUGGAAGGUGUUGCUACGAACUCUGAGGACGAUUUGUACUCGGGCCGUGUUUUCUGCAUUGGGAAUGAGUCUGUUGGGCGGCCCUCCAAAUUUGCAUCGUUGCGGAGCUACUCUGUAUCGACGCCUAGAUCACUGACCCCGACAGCGGCACAUGUCUCCACGGGCAGCCCCCGUGGGGGAAGUGCCACCUCCUCAUUUCGGCUGCCCCCAUCUAAAGGACCGCUAAACUAG